AUGACACGAUUUAUUGGAGUAUUUGGCCGCCCACCUCGCAUGGCCGUUUUCCCAGGGAAAUCCCUUUUCAGCUUUGUGCGAUCGGUUUACCAUUGCUGUCAAGAAGGACGGGACUGCAGGAGCGUAAAAGGAAUUCAAGGUCGCUUGAGAGGAGGCACAGAUGUGGAGUUUCUCUUCACCAGAGAGAUUUUAUCAUUGUCGGUCAUCAGAGCCGAGCUUCACCUCCAACUUUCCAACCCACAACACCUGGACAUCCAUCCUGUGCUUCUAUCAUUGGCAAAGCUAGGCCUUCCUACAAGGUACAGUGUGUGGUCCCGGGGCAACACGGUGGACCUGAGGGUGGAUCUGCUCUUCCUCUUCCAGAGUCUGCAGGAGGCGGCAGGUGGUGCUGGAGGGGUUCCCAGCUUGGUGAACAUGCGGCAGGUGGUGUUUGCUUCCAUGGGGUAUGCACCAGGAGAAAAGCCCACUUCUGGUGCUCAGCAGGACACUGCUAGUGAUGUGUGGGGGGAGGGGGCUGGCAGCACACGGCCUGCUCUGGAGCGGGGCCUGGUCCUGGGCUGCAGUCAGGCUGGAUCGGGGGUGUCCUGUAGAACGGGCGGUGUUCACCUAUCACACACACCUUUCAUGGCUCUCUACUACAGAUGAAGUCAAACUGAAGUAAAUCUCUAUUUUCGGACUAAGAGACAUGCAGAGUGAGAGCUCACAAGGACAUUAUGCACUUCAAUGUCAAAUAUAUUAAUUUAUUAAUGUAAUUUUUUGCUAAAUAUAUAUGUAAAUAAUGGAUAUGCUACACUGUAACUUUU